GAAUAUUACUAGUGCCUUCUACAAGCAUUGCGACAGGAUAAUCGUUAAAAACGCUACAGACACCUCGAUGGAACGCUUGAUUUUCUCAUACGAUAAGGAUGCAAUAAACGAUACAGCUGGAAAUGUCCCUGGAACUUCCGGUCCCAGCUUUUUACUAGCUUAUUACUCCCGUUUCUGUCUUACAACACAAUGAAGUUACUGCGCGCAGUAUGGGUGUCCAUGGUGCUAUUUGUUCUUCCAUCUGGUUUUUUGCAAGACGCACCUACUGAUUUGGAAAUCGAUUGCAACACCCCGCCAACGGCCACACAGAUCUCAGCGGUGCAGCUGGAUCCCAAUCCAUUUCGGACGGAUCUGUUGACAAGAGAAGAAUGCCUGGGAUACGUUAGCCUGCACGAAAGCCGGAGCAUAUGCAGCCCUGUGCAGUCGCGAAAGGACUGUGAACCUUCGAGCAAUGAUCAGUAUACGAUAACGCCAAUAUCACGAACCUACAUCGAGGUGUUGUGCUCAUGGGAAAAUCGCACCUCGUUCGCCGAAAUCACGCAGAGUGUCAGCACAAUUAGUCAACGUCGAGCUGUCACCAUAAGACUCAAGGAACGCAACGACUCAACCGAUCCGAUUCACUCUGAUGUCGUUAAUCCCAUCCGUGAGCAGAUCAUCGAGCUGUCCAUCUUAGAAUGCCGUACAACGCGCACAACCGCCAAGGUUUAUGACGCCGGGAUGCUCCCAAACGUGAUAAGGUUUACGAUGCAAUCCGGGUUGCGUUUGGAGAUUCAGAAGAAGGAUUUCUCGCGGAUGCCAAAAGUACGAAUGAUCAGCUUGUCAUCCUGUACCGUUGCCGUCCUGGAACCGUACACUUUUACCGACCUACCGCACCUGCAGAGCUUGUCGCUGGAGGACGGCGUUGGUUUCCAUCUGCGUCGCUUGCAGAUGCAUCCAAACCGGAGCGAAUGGGAUCCCGAGACUUUCGGUGAAGAUGAUUUAGCGAUGGUCUGGAAACUACACUGCGACUGCUCGUAUGCGUGGUAUCGCAAUUUUCUCAAGAAAAUACCGAGCCUUAUUACCGGCAAGAAUAUCGGAGAAAUUGGCAGUAUUGGCAACUAUAAGACACCUUAUGUGGGCGGGGUGUCGUCGUUAUCUGGCCUGCUUAGCGUAAACUGCACACACAAGCUGACUCCCGAUAAUAGUGAUAUUGGCAGCAAGUAUUCCUACAAUGUACCUUGCUAUAACAUACAGUGCUGAUACAAAAUGGCGUUAAUUUUCAAAUGCAUUGCGGUCAAUGCCCUUCAUUGAUAAACUGCUACCUUGCGUCAAUACUUUAGUCUUUUGUUACUGUACAUAGGUUUCAAAAGCAGCCUUGUCGUUAACAAAUUAUUAUUGUUACGGUUACUUAUGCCAGCAACAUUCAAAGAUCCACGCCUCUUU